AUGGAUGCUCGUAAGAGAUCCGACGUCCAACAUGAUCGUGGUAAACCGCCGUUGGCAGCAAAGAAUGGUGGUACUAGGGGGCUGAAUGUUGGUAAUCUGAAACCGGCUCGCAGAGGUAUGUUUACGUCGAAUUCUGGAUCAAAGCCGAUUAAUGUUAUAGACGAACUUGAAAAGAUUUCCGUUCCGGUUCCUGUUGACGUCAACGUCACGGAAUCUUCACCGGAUAUGGAAAAUUUUUAUGACAGCUUGCAUGAGGGUGUCACGGGCAAUCAGGUCUUGCAUGUUGGUGGGGGCAACCCGGAUUAUUCUCCGACUACUCAACCAAGUGCGGAUAUACCAGAGAUGAAGCUGGAUGGUAUUAAUGUGGAGAAGCCAUUGUCUUAUGCUGAAUCAGUUCUUAGGCAGGAGAAAAAGAUCAACUUUCGUGCACUUACUAGUUCUUCUAAACAUGAGGGCUGUGAUGUUGUGCUCCCAAAGGAAUCUGUUCGAGUGGUCCAAGAGAAGAUGUCAAACACGCUUUAUGGGUAUUUUCUGGGUGACCGUGUAGCUUACCCGGUCGUUGAUUAUUAUGUCAAGAACAAUUGGAAACGUUUUGGUCUACAGAAAACAAUGAUGAACGCAAAUGGAUUUUUCUUUUUUAAGUUUAUGGAUCAGAAAGGUAUGCGGGAUGCUCUUGCUUCGGGUCCUUGGAUUAUUCGUUCUCAACCUUUGUUACUUCAUGAAUGGAACCCUACUAUCAAACUUGAGAAACAGGAGGUAAAGAAAAUCCAAGUCUGGGUAAAAAUACAUGAAGUUCCCAUUGCUGCUUAUACGGAGGAUGGUCUAAGCAUGAUUGCUACAGCCAUUGGCGAACCCAAACUUCUUGAUUCUUACACGUCUUCAAUGUGCAUGGAGUCGUGGGGGAGAAGUAGCUAUGCUAGAGCUUUGAUAGAGAUAUCCGCGGACAAGGAGUUUAAGGAGGAAAUCACUUUGGCAAUUCCUGAGAUGGAAGGUGAUAGUUUUAUUAAGGAAACCAUGUAUGUGGAAUACGAAUGGAGCCCGCUUAGAUGUUCGUCUUGCUGUGUUUUUGGACAUGAUAAUCAAUCAUGUCCAAAGAUGCCAAAGAAGAGGAUCGAUGUUGGUAAACAAGACCGUUUGUUUAAUAAUCAAGGAAGUCGGAAAGGAAAGGAGAUACCGAGAGUCGAUGAGGAGGGAUAUAUGGAUGUGCCGACUAAGAAAACGGCAAAGAGAGGUGGUAUUCAGGUUAACAAGCAAAAGCCAAAAUUCGAAUAUAGACCCAUCAAUACAAAGCGUAAAGAUGAGUCUAAAGGGCGGCCGAAGACUACCAGUUUUCUUACUUCGAAUCCGUUUGACGUUUUAAACGAUAGCAAUGUUGAAGUCGGUGAAAGUAGUAAAGGGGGUAGUGGUCAACAAGAGGAUGACUCUGAUGAUGAAGAGGUGGUUGAAGUUUACAAUGAGACGGACGAUUUUCUAAUGGAAGGGACUCAGAAUGUUAAAGGGGCAAGCACUCCUUCACCAGGGGUUUCCAAUGAAUCUCAUGUCGAUGUUGGCAAUCUUGCGAAAGUUUGUAAUUCAGUUUUCCGUCAAUGGUCUUGGACUUCGAAUGGAAAUUGUUGUGAUAAAGGGACUAGAAUUAUUGUGGGGUGGAGUUCGGAUAUUUUUGAUGUUUUUGUUAUGGCUCAAACCGACCAAGUUAUGCACCUUCAGCUUGUCUUUAAGAUUGAUAAAAAGGUUUUAUUCUGUUCGGUUGUGUACGCAGCGAAUUAUUAUGUCAAACGUAGAGAGUUAUGGCAUCAAUUAUCGCUUCAUAAGGCUCUAGUUGGGGAUAAGGCGUGGAUUAUCAUGGGAGAUUUCAAUGCGGCUCUUAAUUUAGAAGAUCAUUCUAUGGGUUCAUCGUCCAUCUCGAUAGACAUGAGAGAAUUUCAAGAUUGUGUUUUGAAUAUUGAGGUGUUCGACAUUAAUAAAUCGGGUUGUCAUUUUACGUGGACUCAGAAGCCGAAGGAUGGUAUUGGGGUGCUAAAGAAGCUUGAUAGAGUUAUGGGUAAUAAUUCGUUUGUGUCAGAUUUUCCUAAUUCGGUAGCUUUGUUUCAUCCUUAUAGAAUUUCUGAUCAUUGCCCAUGUUUGUUAAAUAUCCCUACUCCCGGGAAGCCGAAGCCUAGAUCGUUUAAAUUUGCCAAUUUCUUGGUUUUUAAACCGGAAUUCCAGGAGCGUGUUAAGAGGAUUUGGGAUACUCGUGUUGAUGGGGUUCUUCAAUUUCAAGUGGUAAAGAAACUUAGGCUGUUAAAAUCGCCUCUCCGGGAGCUUCUGUUCCAACAAGGGAAUUUACACAAGAAAGUUGAAACGCUUCGGCGAGAUUUGGAUACUAUUCAGCGACAGAUUGAUUCUAAUCCGAUGAAUGCGGACCUUCGAAAACAAGAAGCGAAGGUUAACGCUGAUUUCCAGACAGCAUGUUUAGAUGAGGAAAGGUUCUUGAAGCAGAAAUCAAAGGUAGAAUGGUUAUGUGCCGGUGACGCGAAUACGAAGUUUUUCCAUGCCUCUCUGAAAACUAGAAACCACAUGACCCGUAUUGAGGCUAUCUCUAACUCUCAAGGAGUUGUUUUUCACGGUGAAGAGGUUCCAAAAAUUUUUGUUCAUCAUUACGAAAACUUUCUUGGCCUAGAAGAUAACCUUACUUUGCAGCCGACGCAUGAUCUUUUUGACAAAAAGAUUUCUCAUGAAGAUGCUACUCACAUGGUGCGCACGGUUACUAGUGAAGAGGUUAAGUUGGCAAUGUUUUCCAUAGGUAACGACAAAGCGCCAGGCCCGGAUGGUUAUACGGCUGCUUUUUAUAAACAUGCUUGGCAGAUUAUUGGAACGGAUGUUUCGACGGCUGUCAUAGACUUUUUCGGUUCUGGUAAGCUUCUAAGGGAGCUUAAUAACACUCUAAUUGUUCUUAUUCCAAAGAAGCCUACUCCUUCGUCAGUCACUGAUUACCGGCCGAUUGCUUGCUGUAAUGUCAUUUACAAGUGCAUUAGUAAAAUCAUAGCGGAUCGAAUUAAGAAUUAUCUCAAUCAAGUUGUUAGUAUUAAUCAAUCUGCUUUCGUCCCGGGAAGGAGAAUUUCAGAUAAUAUCCUGUUGACACAGGAAUUGAUGCAUAAUUAUGAUAGGAGUAGCGGUCCUCCUAGAUGUGCGUUUAAAGUUGACAUCCAGAAAGCGUAUGAUACGGUUGACUGGAAGUUUCUUUCGCAAGUUCUUAUUGGGUUUGGUUUUCAUCCGAAAAUGAUUCAGUGGAUUAUGCUUUGUGUCUCCACUCCCACCUAUUCGAUUUGUGUUAAUGGGGAAACCCAUGGCUAUUUCAAGGGGAAACGUGGCUUACGACAGGGUGAUCCGUUAUCCCCUUAUUUAUUCACUCUUGUUAUGGAAGUUUUAACGUGUAUCUUGCACCGGACGUCUCAGUUGGAUGCGUCGUUUAGGUUCCAUAAUAAGUGUGAAAAGCAAAAAAUUAUAAAUCUAUGUUUUGCAGAUGAUUUAUUCUUAUUUGCUCGUGGGGAUAUUCGAUCGGCAAAGUGUAUUAUGGAUUCCCUGUCUCGGUUCUCUAGCAUGUCAGGUUUGGUCCCUAGCAUUCAGAAAAGCACGGCUUAUUUUUGUAAUGUCUCUUCUCAUAUCAAAGUUGCGAUCUUGGGUAUCCUUCCGUUUGAAGAGGGUAGGUUACCUGUCAAGUAUUUAGGGGUUCCCCUUAUUUCUUCGAGGCUUAGUGUGAAGGAUUGUAGUGUGCUUCUUGAAAGGUUGGAUCAAAGAAUAAAGAACUGGAAAAACAAGCUCUUAUCUUUUGCGGGCAGGUUACAGUUAAUUCUCUCGGUCUUAUCGUCUAUGCAUAUAUACUGGGCUUCGGCUUUUAUUCUUCCUGUUCGGAUUGUUAAUGAGCUAGAGGCGAAGCUGAGGAAUUUUUUAUGGGGUCAGGAGGGAUCUUUUCAUAGAGGUAAAGCGAAAGUCUCUUGGAAAGCUGUUUGUAUGCCUAAAUUUGAAGGGGGUCUUGGGAUUCGUAGGGUGGGGGAUGUUAAUAAGGCCCUUAUGGUAUCGCAUAUCUGGAGUAUUUUGAAGCAGAGAGAGUCUUUAUGGGUGCAAUGGAUACAUUCUUAUCGUCUUAGAGGUCGGAAUUUCUGGUUUUGCAAGGAAUCGUCUACUUGUAGUUGGAGCUGGAGAAAAAUUCUACAACUGAGGCCGAUGGUUAGGGAGCAUAUUUGGUCUGCGUUGGGAGCUGGCACAAGUAUCUCAGCCUGGUAUGACUCGUGGUGCCACCUCGGGCCCUUGUCAAAUUUCUUAUCGCCUAGAACUAUUACUAAUGCAGGCUUUCGAAUAGAUGCUAAGGUUGCGGAUGUUUUUAAUGAUGAUGGUUGGGCUUGGCCGGAAGCGUGGAGGGAUUUAUUCCCGGUUCUUAACCAGGUUGACCAUAUUCGGCCGGAUCCUAAUAAGCGAGAUAGUCUGCUUUGGAAGGAUGGUGAUACUUUGCGGGAUCAUUCGUCAUAUACGGUUUGGGAUUCGCUUCGGAUUAGGGAUCAGGAAGUCAAUUGGGUCUCUUUUGUUUGGUUUCCUCAAUGCAUUCCAAGGCAUGCUUUUUUGGUUUGGCUUAUUAUGAGACGGAAACUUUUAACGCAGGAUAAAAUCUUAAAGUGGGACUUUUCUAGGAGGAAGAACAUGAAUAUGAUGUGCUGCCUCUUAUGUUAUGCUGAUGUCGAUUCUCAUGACCAUCUAUUCUUUGAAUGUAAAUUCUCUUCUCAGGUUUGGAGUUCGGUUCGUGAUAAGGUAGACAUGGGUGGUGUGGAUCCUAAAUGGUCCUCGAUUGUAACUUGGUUGAUGACAAGAAGCCGCGUGAAAUCGGCUUCGAGUUACGUGGCUCGUUUGCUUGUAGGUGCAACAGCCUACAUAAUUUGGCAAGAACGAAAUGCAAGACUCUUUAAAAAUCAAACACGGCCACCGGAAGCAAUAUGCGAAGUGAUCCUCAAGUUAGUGCGUUAUAAACUGAUGGGCGUGAAAUUCAAAUCGUGUGCGACUGUUAAGUGUCUGCUUGGGAAAUGGGGGAUUGAGCAAGACGACAUACAAGACAAUGGGGGCUGA